CAGCAGCAGCAGCGUGGUUAAACGCUGGACCUGGAUGGAUGAUGCGUCUCAUCAUCCCGGGCAUGACACACUUACUGAGCUGCAGAGCUGAUAGGGCCACGGAGCGAACCCACGGGACAGAGACUCGGUGCGGAAACCGGAGACGAGGAUAGAGUCACAUAAGAGGAUGAGGAUGAGGAUGCGGGGAAGAAAAACAGGUGCUGAUGAACGGACGAAGGAUAGUCAAAUUGAAGAAUUAAAUAGGCCAUAAAGCUGCGAGGGGUGGAUGGAGGGAGGGAUGAUGAUGAUGAUGAUGAGGAGGAGGAUGGUAGUGAGGAGGCUGCUGUGAGGACGGGACCGCGCGGACAGUCAAGCUCGCGUGAUCAGUGCGUUACUGUGUUGAUGAUCAUCGUGCGGGUAAAUCUGCAGGUAUCACGGAGAGCUGAGGGAAACGCUAUUCUGAGGAGGUGGGCCAAGUCCCGAGAGAGAGAGAGAGAGAGAGAGAGAGAGAGAGAGAGAGAGAGCGAGAGAGAGAGAGAGAGAGCGAGAGAGGGAGAGAAGGGGGAGGACCUCAGGACUCAGUGACAGUCCGGGAUGUUGUUGCUGAUGUUGUCAGUGAUGUGAAGCGAAAUUUGGGAGCUGAUGAAAGGAGUCGUGCCAGCGCGUGGACGCGUAUUUAUACAUUUUUGCAGAUGCACUUUUCGGAAGGCCCUGCCAAAAAGUGACUGCACCCUAUGCUUUGCACACACAGGAGCUCUGUGUGGUGGAGAGCGGUAGAAGUUGGCUUCCUGCCUGUUGAGAUGUGCGAGGAAACACUGUGAGCUGGGGUUCAUGCUGAUGAAAUUGAUCUGCUCAGUGAGCUCCAACCAGAGCCAUGGGGAGUACCCAGACUGCCGCAGUGAGAGGGAGUCGGGAGGGGAGGCGUCUCUCCUGGUGUCUCCUCUGGUGGUGGCGGGAAUCGUUAUAGGUCUGGUCCUCUUCCUCUCCUGCAUCACCAUCAUCAUCGGCAGCCUGCGCAAAGACAGUCGACUCCGCAACCCACACCUCCGAGCUAGCUAUGGACCAGAUGGUUUUUCCUAUGGCGGUUCAGUGGGAGAACUGAGGUCGACCUGCUUAGAAGACUUUCCACCUGGUUUAGACUUUGACUCAUACAGAGAGACUCUGUCGCAGGUCAACAACAUGUACCCAGACUCACCUCCACGUUACGAGGAGUGCGUUGGCCCUGGUUUGACUCAGAUCUACAUACCGACAGAUGACCCACCUCCUUACUCCCUAUUUGACCCCUGCCAGAGGGGGCCAGAGCAGCAGGAGCAGCCUCACCACACCACAGAAGAUCCUUCCCCCUACUGUGGAGAGACCUCAGCCAGUGCAGGCUGGUUCUCCUCCUCCCACUACCCGCUGGGACUGCAGGAGCAGGAGAAUCAACACAUCACAUCCAUCUCCUUCUCCCUGGAGACUGCGCCACCCUAUGAGUCAGUGUUGGCAGAGCAGGUGCAUCCCCUCCCUCUCAUGCCAUGUGACCUUUAUAAACACCAGUCAGAGAGGGGGGAAGCAGGAGACUCCCAGCAACCAGGCGCGAGCCAGAUCUCGUAGGACGGAUCUGUUUGUCUUUCUUUUUUUUUCACCUGUACUGUUGGAAGUAAACAACACUUGCGACGUGUGGCACAAAGUGGCUGUUAGAAGCAGCUGUGACACCACACAAUGGACACUAAUGUGAUGCUCACAGUUUCUAACACCUAACAAGGCCGGUCAUGUACAUCUCUGUGGACUGACGUGCAGCCAGCGCAGAGAGCCUGAAAUGAAAACUUCAACAUUUGACAAGUUUUCCUCAUCCCAGUGAUUCUCUUUUGGACAAUGACUUCAUCAUUGUAAUAACACCAUUGUUUGUUUAAUUAGUUUAGUUUAGUUCCCCGUGUUUUCAGCUGGUCAUUUGUUUGUUAGUUUUUUUUAGGACAGAGAGUCAUGUGUCAUGUUUGGCUGAAUUUAAACUAACAUGUAUCAUAGUGUAGGUGUGACAGAGAAAUAUUGAGUUAGAGUGUAGUUUAAAGUAAACACAAGCACACAGACUCCACCCCUCCCAUUUAUUUUGGUAUGACCCACUGCCGUCGGUAUAUUUUUACGAUGUUUUAGAGGACAGUAUACGCAGUAUGGUGUUGUAUAGAGUACAACCUCCUUAACUACCAGCAUACCCCUGCUGAUUACCAGUCUUUGUAGUGAGUAAACAUUUAGAGACAGACGUGUCCUAGUUAGGAGAAUAACUUUGUGAUGAAAUGAUUGUGACCAAAAUAAUACAGUCGUGUUUCCUCUGUAGUGCUGUUGUCCAAAUUUCUGUCAAGGGCUCUGCUUUUAAUAUCAGUGCUGUAACGAGACCCAGCAGCAAAAUGUAGCUCGGAGCCCUCCUCUCCUCCACCUCUUGACAAGGUUGAGUUGAUGCACCAGAAAAGUUACACACAAAACUGGAGACACUGAAGAUUCUGUUUUGUGUGUCAGUUUCAUUCUUAUGGGAGAAUAACCCACCGGCCUGAGUCCAGACAUUUAGCAGUAGCUGUGCAAACGUCUUCAUUUACCUGCAAAAGCAACAGCAGGUUUGUGUUGAUUACAUGUUUUCAUCAGAUGCAGAGACAUGUGAACAGCACAGGGAAAAAUGUCUUAAGUGAUUGAUUGUUUUGGCCUUUAAAAUGAACCAAAAGUUGUCCAACUAACACCCACAAACAGAAACGCUUUUCUUGACCAAUGAUUUGUAAAAUGAAUUUCUCUAUAACUGUGGUUGAAUUAUUUUUGAUUGACUUGAAUGAAUUGCAAAGAAGUUCAAGUGUAAACAAAACAUAUUGUGGCCAAAAAGUUGUUUAAGUGUAUAUUCAAAUGCAACUACUCUGCAUUUUAAUGGGUAAAUAAAUAAAAACAGAUUAAGAAAAUGUGCAAAACAGUGAUGUGUAAACUUAGGUGUUGGAACAAAUUGAGAGUGUUUGUUCUGGACUCUUGCCUCAUUGCUUCUUGUCCUGUUGUCACUGAAUCUGAACUGUAAUAACUUACUUUUCUUGACUUUUCCCAAGACCUUUUACAUAAACUCAACUUAAGCGUGACUACACAGACUUGAUGUUAUGUCUGAAACAGUGGAGAAGGAUAUAAUCCGGGCAGCAUGUGUGCAAUUGAAUAUAAUCAACAGUUCAGUGCAGCAGGUGCCAAAGUGUUCACCAGAGUCUGUGCUGCAUCACCUCAAAUCUCUGUAUUUCACACUGUUUAACAGGCAGCACAAACACUGAACAUUGGGUGUUAUCCUGGAGACACUUCAACCUGUAGACAAGACAUCACCAGUUACCACUAUAAGGCAGGAAGUCACAUGAGGUAACCUUUAAUAACCCUAACCAUCAUUUUAGAAUAACUUGUCCAUGUUGGUUUGUGACUUUUGGUCCUUUAUUUAGAAACUAGCCUUCUUGUGACAUUGUUUUUAGUGUUAAGAAACAAUUUAGUGCCUAAUAGCCCUCAGACUGUUAGCUUGAAUUGUAGCCAUAAUGUGUCAAUGCAAUUAACACAGUGCUUUGUGCUGUAUAUGUAAGACGAUCUUCCCACUAUUUGAAUACUGAAGAAGCCAAGGUUGUGAUGACAGAGUUUAUCAAUGAGAAUAAAAAAAGACACAUCUUGACCAUGCCACGCAAUCAUUGCAGCAAUCAGCUUGCUUUUGUCAUCGAGCUCAGUUUAGCAGCUACAGUUGAGUUUCCCAUACAAUCCACAACCUUUAGUUGUUGUUCCAGUUUUGAGUCACAGAGGUAUCAGCUUCACUAUAAGUGUAAUCAACCAUCUUGGUGGGAUCAUUCUUUUUCUCCUCAUAUCUUUCAUUGUUCCUCUUUCCUUUUUUCCCCCUCGCAGGAUUCAAGGAAUCUUCAAAUUUGGUAGAGUCAUGUCGUUAUCACUUGUCACUCGUUAUUUGAUGAUACUUCUGUCGCCGUGGAUGAGCUUUAAACACAUACAGAUGAUAGAUUUUGUCUAUAACGUAUGUAAAUCAAUCAUCGAUAGCUAUGUGUAAUGUUUAAUUGGCCUGAUCAAAUUAAUGUCACGUGUAAAUGUAUUAAUUAUGCUGAUGCACUCAGUUAAUACAACAUUACUGACGAAAGUCAUUGGAGAAAAAAAAACCUUAGAAAAAGGAGUGCAGUCACCAACAUUAGCUUUCUGCAUCAGCUGAUUUCUUAAACAGCACAUUAAAUGAACAGAAUAAACAUGUACUCAUUUAAAUAACUAGAGUAUAAUGUUUUUAUAUUACUUCGUAACGUGACUACUUUAUUAAAGUAGGUUUCAAUAAAGUCGGUUACUUGGUGUACAACUAGUAUUUAUAUUUAUAUUUCAAAUAAAUCCUAUUGUUCAUAAUUUAGUUUUUUCUGCUGUAUUACAAUCUGUGUAGCAACAAGAAAAAUGCUAUAUGUUUGGUUUAAAAGAUGCUGUGACAUAAAUAUUACCUUUUGUAAUUAUGUCAUAAUUACAAAAACUCAGUAUUUACCAGUGUUAUGUUAUAUUUGUAACAUGUGUCUUGAUGUCGUCCAGUGUUGAACAUUGACUUGACAUUGAUUUACACACACAAACCCCCCCUUGCACUCUCUCACUAUGGCCCACCAGGGGGCGCUGCUGCAAAACUACAUAAUGACAUUCAUGGGUAUCACUCUUUUUUUUUGUAAUAAGACACAUGCACAAGAAGCAAAUUAACAAGUUUGAUCCUGGAUAUCAGUGAGACAGUAAGGUCCACUCUGCUGUAUGUGUGUGUGUAUAUGGUAAGGGGAAUGUUAAGGCUAAAGCCUAUUAGAUAAGAGGAAAAGUAAAAAGUAAAGAUUAAAGUUGUCCGUAUCUGAGAAUUAGUGUAGAAUUUCCAGAUCAGCAUAAUGGACAAACGUGUUGUCAGCUGGGUUAGCGGCCGUGUUGUUGGUGCGUUUGCUGUUAGUAGAUUGUGUAAGUGUCAAUCAUGUGUAAAUCACCUCCCAUGUUUUUCCUCCUUGCUCCUUUCUCACAUCAUCUUUCAAGACAUCAGACUUCCUGUAUAAAUAAGGACCAGUGGUUAAUGAUGUCUCUUAAUGUUCUGUAUUAGAGGUUUUGUUAACGUUUUUUUUUCUUCUGUAGAGAAGAGUGAAUAAACCAGAACUCUUAUAGCAA